CUCGCGGAAGUACUUUAGUUCGGCAAAUCGAAAACUUCGUCCAAAAGCCGUCCGAAGAAGACACAUCUACAAAUGAUGAGAUAAAGAAAGGCAUCCAAGAGGAUUUAGCUGCUAUGUUCCCAAGAUUCCACAAUGAGUGCUGUAACACCAACCCAUCAGAGAGUGCAAGCUGCUCCAAGUUCUGGAAUAAAUCUGAGUGCAGGACUGAAAAGUAGACUGAAGAGAUGUGGGCGAUACCAUUCUGCUACACCCUCAGCCAAGAAGCCCUGUAUUGCAGCUUCUUGGUCUCCCAAAACUCAACGUCCAUCAAGUGUUGUUUUGCCAAUCACACCACAAGACAUUCAUCAGGCAUUCACAUCAAAGGGGGAUAAUUCAAAGUUAUCAAACACACCCAAGCCACCGUCAUGUUCAAGAAGAAUGAGGACAUCUUUGUCUUUCAAGUCACCUGUCAUGAAAACCAUGAGCUAUGGUCCUGGUACUGGACCAGCAGAGGGCAUCGGUGCAGCAGUGACUCCCCAGGGAAGUGAGACGAGCGGCGAUGAAUGUUGUAGUGGAAUGGAUCCAAGUACUCCAUUGUCAUCCAAACACAAAAGAUUAUCACAGACUGGCAACAAAAACAGAUUGAAAUUCUCAAGUGAUCUUGAUAAGGUCGAUCAGCAGUCUGCAGAUUGUCAUGAUCAGACAGAUCUACAUUCAGUUCAUAAUGAUGACAAGGCAGGUCUACAGUCUGUAGCUUGCAGUGACGAUAGUGUUCAACAGUCUGUAGCCUGCUGUGACAAAGCCAGUAUACAAUCUAUAGCUUGUAGUCACAAGAGUGUUCAACAGUCUGUAAUUUGCCGUGACAAAACCAGUCUACGGUCUGUAGGCCGUAGUGACAUGGCCACAAUGAGGAGGGAGAAGAGAGACCUCACGCUACAUCUGACAGCAGUGGAGGAGAAACUAAGGAAACUGAACAUGGUCAAGAUGUACAGGUCAAAGAACAACUUGCAGCAGCUGCAGAGCCUGAUAGACAAAUGGCGCGGAGUUACACAACAGGCGUUGUCAGAUCUACACAACAUGUUGCCACAGCCACGCCCAUCAUUGCCAGACUUUGUCAAACACUUACAGAUCGACACCGAUCUUGUUGAGCUUGAUUUGGAAGUGGACAGUGAGGACUGAAGACUGUGUUGGCAACAGGAAGUCCAAGCAUUUGUGAUAUGAACUUCAGUGUCAUAUAGACUUUAGUGUGGUACAACCCCAGAUGUUGUGAUAUAAACUUGACACAGUGAAGAAAACUUCAAACAUCGCCAAACAAACCCUACAGUGUCACAAAAUGUUGGACAAGACACAGUGAUUUGGAUCAGACUGACACAAGCAUUUGUGAUAAAAACUACUUGUUGCACUAACUCUAGGCAGUGUAAUACAAAAUAGUAGUUGAACAAGACACUCAUACAGGGCUCAUCAUACUGAUAUAUUUGAAACUGUUGUCAUGUGAAUACAGAAGUUAUUGCAA